AUCGACACCGCGAUCUCCUCCCACCGUGGAAUCGAUUUCUGCCGGCGAAACUAUGGCGGAGCCGGAGCUGCUUCUGGACUCGAACAUCAGGGUGUGGGUGGUGCUGCCCAUCGUACUCAUCACCUUCCUCGUGGGCAUCAUCCGCCACUACGUGUCGCACCUGCUGCACUCCGACAAGAAGGUAGAACUCGAGCAGGUCUCCGACAGUCAAGUCCUGUUACGAAGCAGAAUACUCAGAGAGCAUGGGAAGUACAUCCCACGGCAGUCGUUCAUCAAUCGCAAGCACUACUUCAAUGACACCGAAACAGGCUUUUUUAAGAAAACCAAGAGGAAGACCAUCCCUAAAAAUCCUAUGACAGACCCAAGCAUGCUGACCGACAUGAUGAAGGGAAACUUCACGAACGUGUUGCCCAUGAUUGUCAUCGGUGGCUGGAUCAACUGGACCUUCUCCGGCUUUGUGACCACAAAGGUGCCCUUCCCGCUCACGCUGCGCUUCAAGCCCAUGCUGCAGCGCGGCAUUGAGUUGGUGUCGCUGGACGCGUCGUGGGUGAGCUCAGCGUCGUGGUACUUCCUGAACGUGUUUGGGCUACGCAGCAUGUACUCCCUCAUCCUGGGACAGGACAACGCUGCUGACCAGGCCCGGAUCAUGCAGGAGCAGAUGUCUGGUGCUGCCAUGGCUAUGCCCCCUGACCCCAACAAGGCAUUCAAGGCCGAGUGGGAGGCCCUGGAAAUCACGGAGCACAAGUGGGCGCUGGAGACUGUGGAGGAGGAGCUCAUGGCCAAGGACCUGGUGCUGGACGGACUCUUCAGUGAAGAGCGAGAGCCCGUCAUGUUCUGAGACUCGUCCCGCACGCACACCCUCCCGCAGAGCACAAACUUUCCAUACUCGACAUUCUGGCUGGGCUACACCAUGGGUGGUGACUCUAAAAAGGUUAAUUAGUUUUAUUUAUUCUACAUCAAUAAAUGCCCGCUUUUCCUAUGGAAUUACACGUGAACAGCAGAUGUUAAAAUAGGUUAUUCUGCUGCUGUGUUCUGAUGGUACUUUGCCAUGAGUUGAAGGGACACGCAAGUGUUUUUUUAAGAUCGCGCUUCAUAAAGUCUUUGCAGAAAGUUCCAAAUGUUUUUUUUCACAUUCGUGUUUUUUUAGUGCUACUCUGUCUUGAUAUCGUUUCUCAUGCAAGUAAUGGUUAGUGAGAUGAAUGCAGCUUUAUUUAUGUAGGUGUGUUUGUGACCUUUCAUGAAGUAAUCUACUCUGCGUUGUCUGGCGUAUGGAAUGCGGCCUUGUAGAAAUUACCAGCAAACGAGUGAAGGUGUCCAGAUGUCCCCCCCAGCACGGCCAUUUGGCCUAGUAGUGAUGGGUCCCUGUGUGCGUUGAUCUUGACAAUGUCAAUCUGAUAGCCAAAUUAUCGUGUCGGUAAAAUUACCCAUUCGACCCUGAUUGAACGGCCAAUGGACAAGGCAGUGCUCGUUGAGAGAAAUCGCAUGGCUUCGCUCGUACAGUUGAGUUGAUCACAGUAAAAGCUUGUAUAGUUCUGUAGCAUUAACGACGUUAAUAGGUGCCUGUUUCUUUGGCCCAUUGUACUUAUUGAUGGAUGGCACGAUGGGGUAGUGUGGGUAUGUCUUCCUCUCGUGUGGGUGGCCUAGAAGAAUUUGCCCGUCAAAGAGGAAGGCCUUUCACCUGCGUGUUGUCAAACACUCCCAGCACCAGUUAGCAAAUCUUUAUUUUUAAGAGAUUAAUAUCUGUGCAAACUAUGCCAACUUUUUCUGCAUAUUUUAUUGUUGAGCCACCACAAUGCAAAAUAUUUCCAAGAUGAGUUGGUUGUUUGCCUUGCCUCUGAAGGUCCAUUUCUUGAAACAUUCGUCAUUUGCUGCCAGUAAAUGCACACCUUUAACCCUGUGACUUUGCCAUUGAGUUGUUUGAUCACUCAAAAAUGACUCCUAGAGGAGUCUUUCCUGUAGGGCGGUGGUGCAUAUAUAUAAAAAAAUCAGUCGUGUA